ACCCAACCCAACCCGCGGGGCUCCUACGACUCGGCAGGCGCCGGGCGCGGGGCGCGAGGCUGCAGGGAGGUAAUCUGGAGCUCUCAAAAUGUUUGCCAAAGCAACAAGGAAUUUUCUUAGAGAAGUUGAUGCUGGAGGUCACCUGAUCACAGUAUCAAACUUGAAUGACUCUGAUAAAUUACAACUUCUAAGUCUGGUGACCAAAAAAAAGAGAUUGUGGUGCUGGCAGAGACCCAAGUACCAGUUUUUAUCUGUCACCCUGGGAGAUGUACUCACAGAAGACCAGUUUCUGAGUCCAGUGGUCGUGGAGUCGGACUUUGUGAAGUACGAGGGCAAGUUUGAAAACCAUGUGAGUGGGACCCUGGAGACGGCACUGGGGAAGGUCAAGCUGAUCAUUGGUGGCAAAGGCCUCGUGGAGAGUCAGUCCUCGUUUGGAAGCCUGAGGAAGCAGGAGCUGGACUUGCAGUGGCUCAUUGGAGUUGCCCAGGAGAGAACAAUAAAUCUGAAGAAUCCAGUGCUGCAGCAGGUGCUGGAGAGGAAGAAUGAGGUCCUGUGUGUCCUGACACAGAAGAUAGUGACGACGCAGAAGUGUGUGAUAUCUGAGCACGUCCAGAUCGAGGAGCAGUGCGGUGGCAUGGUGGGGAUCCAGACCAAGACGGUGCAGGUGUCAGCGACGGAGGAUGGGAACAUCAUCAAGGACAGCAAUGUGGUGCUGGAAAUCCCGGCUCCCACCACCAUCGCCUACGGCGUCAUCGAGCUGUACGUGAGAGCAGACGGCCAGUUCGAAUUCUGCCUCCUGCAAGGGAAGCACGGGGGCUUCGAGCAGGAGAGGAGAAGUGACUCUGCCUUGCUGGACCUCCUGCCCUUACAAGAGUUUGCGUUCUGGGACAUGCCAGAUGCUGGGCAAGGGCUGCCUGCCUCGGAUGGGCCACUGAGUGUUUUAAAACAAGUCACUCUGUUCUUGGAGAGGAAUUUCCAUCCCUUUGUGGAGCUGCCAGAGCAGCAACGGAGAGCUCUGAACGACGUCCUCCAGGCGGUCCUGUUUGAUGAAGAAUUACUCUUGGUUCUGGAGCAAGUGUGUGAGGACAUAGUCAGCAGCCUGUCACCCUCAUUGGCAGUGCUGGGGAAGCUGAAGCCUUCACAGCAGCGGGACCUCGUGGCCUUCCUGCGGCUAGUGGGGUACAGUGUGCAGGGCGAGUGUCCAGGCCCAGAGGAUGUGGUCCACAACGAGAAACUCCUUUCUACGGCCUACUUCUUGGUCAGUGCGCUAGCAGAAAUGUCAGAUAAUGCAGUUCUGCUGGGCACUUGUUAUAAGCUCCAGAUUAUUCCUACACUGUGCCACCUGCUCCAUGCUCUGUCUGAUGAUGGUGUGUCUGAUCUUGAAGACCCAGUCUUGGCUCCACUGAAAGAUACAGAAAGGUUUGGGAUCGUGCAGCGUCUGUUUGCCUCAGCUGACAUUAACCUAGAGAGACUGCAACCUUCCGUGAAAGCUGCCACCCUGAAGGACCCUAACGUUUUCCCACUGGUUCUUUAUAUAAGCCUGAAUGGACUCUGUGCUUUGGGCAGAGCACAGUAACAGUGUCCUAUGUGGAUUACAGGUACACCUUGUUUUAUUGCACUUUGCAGAUAGUGCACUUUUUUUUUUUUUUGACAA